CCAGUGUGAAACCGACCACCAGUCACCCGUUGUCUUGGAAGGGGUGAGGUUCACGGAAGGACAUUUCUUUUAACUUCCACUGGUUUAUCCUCUCACAGUGCCAUUAGCUUCGUAUAAAGUGUACGAAACGUAAUGAGAGAGAGAAACUGCAGACUGGCAUGUUUCUUUGUAAAGUAACUAAUUUGCCGAUUUACAAAUCUGUGUUAAAGGCAAUUUUAAUAUGAAAAUAACGCAGAAUAAGUGCAGCUCUGUUUGCCCUGCUCCAGUUCGAGCACCUGUGCUGUCAAACUAUUAGUCACUAGUUGCAUCAUGGCUCUCUUAAAGCAGAAGACUCCCUGACACGCCCAACACCUCGACCUUCUGAAGCCAGAAGUCUGCGCGCUUGAACCACAAGCCAAGGGACUUAAAAGCACGAUGAAAGUGACUUACGAACUGUUGCUUUUGUGGGUUGCGGUAGUGUCCUUGUGGUCGUCCUUUUCCUACACCACUGCCGCCAUCAACCACCACAUAAAAGACCACCCCAUACGCUACUUUACAGAGAGGGCGCUGCCCUCUACGAGAGAAUCCCAUUCUGAUAAUAAUGUUCGCGGUGAAUUUGCCUACAAUAAGAUAUGGAUUAGCAAACCUGAUCGUAGAGGUCUCUGGAAGAGGCAGAUCAAUAACAAGGGAUCGUGGAGGAGACCUGAACACGGUAGAGAUUGGACGAGAAUUAACAUAACGUCACCGUGGGACCUAAACAAGAGAAGCGCAAGUCAGACCAGCUUUUCAGCGCUGAAACUUGUUACAUCUAAUAAGGACCUUGCGUCUCCACUCUUUGGCAUUCGGGAUUUUAUUGUUGAUUCUAAAAUCCCUAUAGAAGUCUCUACAAAAGGUUCUGAAUCAUCUCCAACAGUCUCUGAAGCCUAUGACAUGGACACUAACUCCCUUUCAAUAGGCUCCAAAUCAUCGGAGAUUAAUAGCAGAGCACUCGAGAAUCUGUCUCAAGGCCAGGGAGAAGCUUCAAUUCACUUGAGUCAACCAAACAGCAACGUUCGUUCAGCAGCCACAGAUACCAAACGUCCAGUGGCGCAGGUCUUGUCUGCCGGGACUUCAGCUACGAUGGCCAAGUCUCCCUACGUCAACUCCAACCUCCGUUGUUUUUGUCCCAACAAAAUCUGCUACAACUUCGAAAUUGGAAGCUCGUACCUAGUUCGCGAUUUAGUCUCAAAGGAGACCGUGCAGAGCACGGUCGAUUACGUGGACUCAGAGGUAUGUACAGGAGAGAGCAAGAGGGUAGGCAUUGAGAGUAGGGAGGAGCUGCAUUUCCUGGUCUCCUGCCUUCUGUGCAACAACACCAACUUUGGAGGAACGAAGAACAUGACAAACAUUCUGACCUCCGGCCUGGUGAUGAGCGAAGACCAAGACCAAUUGAAGAUCCACAACGGCGUGACUGGAGAGUGGACAGGAUGGGACACUGCAGUGGACCCAUCCGUGACUGAGAAGGGAAUCGUCGUGCUCGACCCCAACACAGGAAUGCCCGAGGCAGAGCAGCACAUCAUGCCACGAAUAAAUUACGCUCUGCUCCUCCCGGGCGACUUCAAGAUGUCGUGUGACGCUGAAAACACCUACGAGGAAUGGGGCCUCCUGAGCUACAAUGCAAAGAAAUCUGCAAUAAUUAUGACUGGUUACGUCAUCUGCGAAACUAAAAUGAACUUCACGACUCUUGCACCCCAGACCUCCACGACCACUACUACCACCACGACACAAGGAUCUAAGACCCCUUCGUCGACUACAGUCACGACUACAUCGUCUUUAUCCACUACAUCAAAGACCCCUGAUGGAUGCUGCCAGCUGCCACAGACGAAUGUGAUGGAUCUAACAGAGCUAGCCAGUGGAACACUGACGAAUAUGCCGCGUGGAGUGAGCGAAGUGUGUCCAGGGCAGGUGGUGGAGGUAGGCUGCCUUCUUGGGUACUCCGGCAGCUUGGAGCUGGGAUGUGAUGCUACAGGUCCAUCACUGGUGGUCACUACAGACUCCUGCGUUCUUAACUGGAUCCUAGACGUCCAGGACAUGGUAGAGUCGAGGAACGUCUCGGCCGUUGCCAUAGCUGAUCAGGUCAAGAACAACACUCUUCAGCACCAGCAGCUGACCUAUAAUGACCUCAGCACUCUAAAUGGUGUUGUUUCCAACCUUAAUAGUCUCUUUCAAGACCAGGUAAAGGAGAUAAAUGAGACCGAGCAGCGUGUGGUUCAGGCCCUGAACUACACCACUAAGGUGUUGGGGAUAACUAGUGACAUCCUAAGUGUACCACCCACAUGGACAGGCCUCAAAACGAUGGAGGCCGGUCAAAUGGGGUCCUUUCUCUUGUUGAACUUGGAGACGUCAGGAUUCAUCGUAGCUGACCAGGUCACCAAUGAUACCGUGACCUUCCUUGAACCCCAGGUCAACAUGACUGUAAUCUCCACACCCAGAGAGGAGUUAUCUGGCAAGGAGCUGUACUUACCUGGCCCCAGCGAGCCGACCUUCUUACACCUACCACAGGACUUCGUGACCCUUUUCCCAGAAAAGCAGCCGCAGGCCAAGCUGGUGGGAUUCUUCCUGCAGCAGCAGGCAGCUUCCUUGGCUUUGCCAGCCAGUCUCAGUAGGAACGUGCCACACGCCAGAUACAAAAUUAUCAACAGCCUGGUGGUGAGCCUGACAUUGGACAAGGCGGGAAACUCUGCAAAUUUCACGUCGCUGACUGAUGGAGUUCUGUUGAGUUUCCGUCAUACUGUUAAGGAGAGCGGUCCCUACUUCAGAGAUCUGUACCGGGAUGCCAGGCCGGGGGAGGUGGCCACGCCCGUCCCCGCUACUGCCCGCUGUGUCUACUGGGAGGACUCCUUCAGCAUGUGGGCUCCUGAAGGGUGUGAUCUGGUCAACUCGACGCCUCAGGCGACCUUCUGCAGGUGUUCCCACCUCACCAUGAUCGCCAUCCUCACUGACCUCCACCAUCAUGUUGGUCGUGACCCCGUGUUGGACACGCUGGGCACCAUUCUCACCUCUGCUUCAUGUCUCUCCCUACUGGCAGCCUUCAGCAUCUUUCACUUCAUCAAGAGUUUACAGGGCCCCCGCACCGCCAUCACCAAGCAGCUGUGUGUCUCUCUGGGAUGUUCACACCUCCUUCUCCUGCUCCUGCUAGAUCCAGACUUCCUCAAACAAUCAAAGACCAUGUGCGAGGUGUCUGCUACGAUACUUCACUACUGGGUCACUGCUAGUGUGUGCUGGAUGCUCAGCCAGGGAGCCCACCUGCUGCAGACGGUCGUCCACGUCCUCUCUCCAACCACAGCUAUGCCCGCUUACUGGCUGGUCGGGUAUGGUGUUCCGGCCGUGGUGGUGGUGGUGACCCUGCUGGUGGCCUACGGCGCGGGCACCUGGCUGACGCAGAAUGCGUACGCUCCUCCCGACAGUGAAUACUGUUGGCUCUCCACUGAUGAAGGAUAUAUAUGGGCCUUCACCGGACCUCUGCUAGUGGUGAUUGUGGUAAACACCCUCAGCAUGAUCAUGGCACUACGGUCUGCUGCUGUACUGAGGGCCAACAAACGGAAAACGCUUCCACAGCAAGUCAGGUUGUGGGUGAAGGGGUGCUUCUCCCUUAACUGUCUGCUGGGGUGCACCUGGGUGUUUGGUCUCCUCUACAUCAACACCGGACACGUCUUUGCUUAUCUCUUCACCAUCCUCAACGCCUCUCAGGGCAUCAUGAUUCUGGUGCUGCAUUGCUUCGUAAACCGGACAGUUAGGAAGGCUGUUAUCUCCAACCUGCCCGAGUGCCUUUUCAAAUGCCUUCCUAAGCGCGGAAAACCCGCUCCUAUGAGGCCACCCUCACCUAUUAGAAAGUCGGUCGUUCCUUCUCCAGCCUCCAGUAAUCCACAGCGGGACCCUAAGAGUCGACAACAUUCCACAGCCUGCACUUGCAACCAUCGCCAACACAACAUCCGUGACCUCCAACACUGCGGGAAAUGCCGGCGCCAUAGCGAGCGUGAAAAUUGCGUCGCCAGUAAUCUAUCGUAUUGUUCCUCUAACGAUGGGCUACACGGUGAUAACGAUCACCGACAAUAUUGCAACAAUCUGAAACAUAAAUUUUGUAGCAAUUACCAACAAUGUUCUGACGACGAUCGCCUGCAGCGCUCAGACGACGAUCGGCAGCAGCGCUCAGACGACGAUCGCCUGCAGCACCGCCCCGACGACGAUCGGCAACAGCGCUCGGACAACGAUCGCCUGCAGCGCCGCUCCGACGACGAUCGGCAGCACCGCCCCGACGACGAUCGCCAGCAGCACCGCCCCGACGACGAUCGCCAGCAGCACCACCCCGACGACGAUCGACAACAGCGCUCAGACGACGAUCGGCAGCACUCUUCUAGAAUGGCACCGGCGCCACUGCAGAUAUCACCGUCACUGACCAACAGGGCCUCCAGAGCUGGUAGCGAGUGGUCCAACAGCACUCGAUUCUCCUACAUAUCAGACGGACCUGGCAGCGAGAACUCAUCAGUGCGUAGGAUAUCACUCGAAUCCUAUGGAUCCUCCAUUUCGGAUGAAUCCUUGACAUCCUCGCCAAACCUGGCAUCCUCUGGCUCAUCAGAAGGAUCGUACAGAGCUAUAGUAGUUUCCCCGGAGAUGCCACAAGGUCCCCAUGAUGAUAGGUCAGAUGGGGUAGAGUCCGAUAAUCUACGCUUCGUUCCAGGAUUCGACUCUAUUUUGGAGUGUGAUGAGAGAAGCCCUCGUUCUGAGAAUGCUAUAUCCUUCUUCUAGGGGAAAACACGGUCCCCCACCCUUUCUUCCAGGGAAACCCGGCCCUUUGUGUUUAUUAAUAUAUUCCGAACAUGCGGCAACUUCAAGUUUUGCACGCUGCACAUCAUUACAGAAAAUCAUAUAAAAAACCCCAUAGAAAACAUUAAACUUGUUUCGCUGUGCUUAUACAAAUAUAGUAUUUUGUUUUAUAUUUAAAUGUUAAUAAACAUACUGGGAUUAUGAAGUGUUAAAUAUAAGUAAACAUUAAAUUGACAUGGAAAGGUGCAUCCUUAUGUAAGAUUUUGAAGUUAUUCCUGAAUAAUAAUAAACAAUUACGUUUUC